AUGGCCACGCCAGGCAGCGGCGAGCAGGAUAGCCGGUACGUGCUGAGCGGUCCGCCGCUGACGGAGGAGGAGGUGGCGCGGGCCGAGCUGCCCCUGGCGCCCUACCUCGUGCAGAAGCUGGCCGCCCACGGGGACCGCGUCCUGCAGGUGGUGUUAGGCCAGGAAUGGCGGGCGGACUGGAUUCUGCGGCAGGCGGCGGCGGAGCUAUCGGCCCUGCGGAGGGCGGUGCCCGGCCUGCGGGAGGGGGACACCGUGGCCGUCUGCGUCGGCCGCUCCGCGCUCUUCGCGCCGGCCCUGCUGGCCGCGCUCUGCUCUGGGGCCGUCUGCGCCGUCGUCAAUGCAGCCCUGCCUCAUGAUAGCCUGCGCCGAGUGCUACACGAGCUGAAGCCCGCAGCAGUGCUGUGCCAACCAGAGUCCGCCGAGUCCGCAUCGGAUGCCAAAACGGCAGACUGCCCGCUGCAGGUGCUGGGGUCUGCUGAGUCGGUAGCUGACGCUCAGCAGCUGCUGAUGCGGAGCGCCCAGGGGCUGCAGGCGGACAACACGGCCCCCGCCGUCGCUCUGCUCAGUUCUGGUACCACGGGGCAUCCCAAGAUCAUCCGCACACCUCGCCUCAACUUGGCCUUAUCGAUGCGCUUACUAGCGCGAAGCGAUGCACUGUUCGGAGACGACGACAUCUUGUUGUCCACAACUGGAUUCUCCUGGAUUACUGGAACGCUGUUCACGCUCUGGAGUAUCGACACCGGGAUGAAAUUCGUCGUGACGCCCGAAUUCAGUCCUCAAACUGUACUGGACCACAUCGAGAGAUCCGAGCCCACCGUGAUGUUCAUGCCGCCGAACCAGUGGCUGUCGCUGCUGCGCCAUGCUCCGGAGGGCCGGCUGCGGUCUGCGCUGCAGCGGCUGCGCGUGGGCGUGACAGCAGGGGCGGCGCUCAAGGCAGAGGCGCACGCCUGGAUCGAGGCGCGCACGGGCCGGCCGCUGAUACAGUGGUACGGCCAGACCGAGGCCUUCCACCUGUGCAUGGCGCUCAACCGUCGCCCCCCAGUGCCACCUGGCUCCGUGGGCCGGGUCAAUGACGGGGUGCAAGCCAAGGUACUGCAUACUGCUACACACUGGCCGGGCGUGUGA